CUUCAACAACAACAGUCACUGAACCAACAUCUACACCAAUAUCUACAUCUACAACUCAUUCAAUAUCAACUGCUUCAGCAUAUUCAUCUGAUUUAACAACAACCCCUGGACUAACACCUACAUUAACUACAGAAACACCUACAGUUUCAUCAGCAACGGCAGCCCCUGCACUAACAUCUACAUCAACUACACAAUCAUCUACAGCUCCAUCAACAACU